CACCGAGGUCGCAACAGAUGGCCUCCUUCCAGUUUGGGUGUAAAUAAUGCGCAAAUAUUACAACUUUCAUUCUACUACUCAAAUUCCACUCGCAGUUCCUUACUGAAUGAUUAAUGCUAUAAAUAGGCACACUGCGCCACGAGUUAUCCGCUCACAGCCUUGUUGUAACUGUUUUUUGUCGCAACUCUUCAAGACAAGACAUCUGCGGCAUUUGUAAAUGCUUCCAAUCACUAUCACCUGCAAUUUUACAGCGUUCAGACCUAGGUAGUCUCACUCUGCACAAUGGAUAGCGUUGGAACGAUUAUCGCUAUCAUCCAGGUCGCCGACAGAGUGGUUGGGCUGUGCAAGUUUUACAUUGAAACGGCAGAUGGCGCCCCAUUAGACUUGCGGUCGAUUCUCAUAGAAAUUUCUUCGUUCAAAGCCAUUCUGGAGUUUCUCCAAUUUAUCAGCAAUCUACCCGAUGCCAAGAAAUCGACCAACUUGAAUGCUCUGUUCAAUACAGAUGGGCCUAUCGACCAUUCACAUAAAUUAGUGCUUGAGCUAGAGAAACUGAUCCCAUCGCAGGAUCGUCUUCAGGCGGCUGACUCCAAGGCAAACCAACCAAUGCGUAACAAAGCAAAGAGGGCAUUGAUUACCUUAGCUUGGCCCCUGAAGGAAAGCAAGGCCGCAAAGUUAAUGAGUGAAAUUGCCAGAUGCAAGACAACCAUCAGUUUAACACUCACUACGGAAUCUAGCCAAGAUAUCAAGAUGAUUAAAGAUACAACGACUUGGAUUAAAGAAGACUUAACAGAUAACCAAAAGAGAGACAUUUCCGCAUGGUUUCAACGAACUGAUCCUUCCCCACUACACAAUGUCGCCUAUGGACAUUAUGUAGUAGGAACUGGCGACUGGAUGCUACAGUCCUCAGACUGGAAAGACUGGAUUUGCGGUGACAAUAAGUUCUUAUGGAUUCAUGGUAUUCCUGGUGCAGGCAAGACCGUUUUGGCUUCCUAUUUAAUAGAAACCAUUUCGAAGCAUUGUCGCACCGUCAGGAAACAAUACGGCUGUAUGUAUUACUACUGCUCGUACACCCACAACCAGAAUGAAGCAUACCCUUUGCUCCACUGGAUUGUGAGCCAACUGCUCCGAAAAUCAAACUCGGUCCCUAUAACGGCGUACGAGCAAUUCAAAUCCGGAUUACAACCUAGUAUUCUAGAUCUUCUAGAUAUCCUCGAGAGUUGCCUCGCAGAGUUUGAAUGUGUCUUUGUUGUUAUAGAUGCAGUCGACGAAAGCAUGUCUCCACGACAAGAUCUGCUCAAGAUGCUCAGGGAUUUGGCAACUGAUCCACGGUUUGCCAAGAUACGACUUCUGGCAACUAGUAGAGAGUAUGUCGAUAUUGAAACAGCGCUCGAAAAUAUAUCAUGUGCUGUUUCGAUGGAUAACGAAGAUGUUACCAACGACAUCCGAUCUUAUGUGCAAGUAGAGUUGCAGAGAAAUAUUAGAUUUUUACGCUGGCCCCAGCAGCUUCUUGAAGAGGUCGAAAAUACAAUACCAACCAAGGCAAAAGGAAUGUUCCGCUGGGCUGUUUGCCAGAUCGACCGGCUACAGCGAAUGAAGCCCGAACGCCUCAUUAUUAUGGAAGCUCUCCACAACUUACCGAAGACGCUAGAUGAGACCUAUGAAAGAAUAUUUCUUGAGAUCCCCCAGGAGGACUGGGCAGUUGUCCGGCAGGUUUUCGAAUGGACUUUAUUUCACAGUAAACUUUAUGGAGCUAAAGUCCCAUGUGGAAUAGUAAUUCAAGCACUAGAGAAGAAUCCUCUCUCGGAUACAUAUGGCAAUGGUAACUUUUACGAUGAAACAACCAUUAGAGAGCUAUGUGGCUGUCUCAUUACCAUAUCAAAUGGACGCCCAUUUGGCUUUAUUGGAGUCGCGGAAACUGAUGACGAGGAUGAGAGCGAGGAUGACAACGAGGUUUCCGAAGACGAGGACGAAUAUAACGAGGAUGAGUAUGAUGAGGGUGCAGACGAAGACUAUGAGGGCGACGACAGCGAGGACGAAGAGAACGAUGAUGACGACGAGGUUGAGAACGACGACCUUGUCUUUAGGCCUCCCUCUAUAUCGUUUGCCCAUUACACUGUACUCGAAUUCCUUGACUCGGAGCGCAUAUCUAGAAGCCGCGCUUCUUAUUUUUCAUUUCCGAAAGAUCAUAUUCCGCUAGAUUCAGUAAAGGCAGCAAUCCUUAUAGCGCUCAAUCCUACUACUUACAGAGAUGGACACGGUAGCGACGAAGAAAUUUCAUACUCAGCAGAUAAUUUCCUCCAAAACGACGUUGAUAGGAGCAUAAACCAGGACUCCUGCGUAAUACCCUCAAAUUGCUCUGACGAAAUACGAGAAACAGAAGACUGGAACAACAGGAAGUUGAUCGAGAACUUCGCCGCAUACUGCGCCGCGUCAGCAGUUCUAUCAAUAAAUCACUGGUCCGAACAAAUUAGUAGGCGAGAAGAUUUAAACGCACUUGUAUUCGCCCUAUAUAACCCAUCUGCACCUCACUACAACCCGCUUUUUUAUUUCAUUCGUUGUCUUGAAGAUUUACACUCGUUCAUCAGCACUAGCACUUUGCUAUAUGAUGAUAAGCAUCGCUAUGACCCAGGUUCAACCUUCUGGGAAAUCGAGUGGAAAUCACCUCCCCCAGCAGAUGUUGGUGCAAUAUUUCUCCUACUAUUGUGGACUAAGAACUUAGUUUUCACUAAACAGCCGGACCAUGGCGCACAAAUACUUCAGGCAUGGACAACAACGCACUUAGCCUUCGAAAUAGUCGUGAACAGGCAGCCCGGAAAAGAUUCCGCUCGUUACGUGUUUUCUGGUCAAUUACUCGAAAUCCUCGCACAAUUAGGCUUCUUUUACCCUGAAGCAUUUGGAUUUUUUCUAAGCUACAGGUGUAAAGAAACCGAUCCUUCGGCGUUACUCGUAUCAUACAUCGGGUCCCACAUCCACGAGAAAAAUUGCAGACAGUCUUGCCCGGUUGAGGUGUUACUACAAAUUGGCGCUGAUCCAACGGGAAUGGAUUACUAUGUGGCACCAAUACAAAUCGCUGUUGUAACAUCAGAUUACGAAGGAUGCCGGAUGCUUCUUGAAGCUGGUGCAAACUCUAACGACACUGGGAAUAAUUUCGGUGCUAAAUGGGAAGACGACACAUAUUUAGGUCAAUUUAACGCGCUACAUGGCGAUAGUCCUCUUCAAAUAUUCGAAAAUUCUCAAGGCACCCCCUAUGGAAAUAAUGGAAAUGAGGGUAUGCCUGAUGGCUUCAAAUUAGGGAGGAUUAAAGCCUUACUUCUCAGCCAUGGGGCAACAUCAUUCUCAAUAGAUGGAGAUACCCUUAUGUAGGACAAGUACCUCCUGUGCAAAAUUAUUCCAUGUUUUUCAUUGAGAUCUGACAGCCACGGAAUCGACUUCUGGCAGGAUCUUCAAAGAGUUCCCACGUAGCUUUCGAGGCGUGCCAAAUAGUUUUCAUAAUUUAUUACAUGCCAUAAUACACGCCAUUAAAUAAUUUGCCCACCUUCGCCCUAACUCCGUGUUUAUCACAUAGUGUUUGAAAUUCCCCUCUUGUCUCAGGGCACCAGUCGGAAUUCUUCCCGUUUACCCAAAGAGAAAUAGUGCUUAGAUUGGGGUUAGAGGCUCUCAAACUGUUCCGCCAUGAUUCUAUGGUG